UAUUAGCAUUAAAUGUCAUAUAAAACCAGAAAGGAAUUUUUAUUUGGAAAAUACUAACAUAAUGUUGACAAACCUAAGAAGUAAAUUUGGACUGUUUCGCUCAAUUGCCACAAAACAAUGGGGAAAAUAUGGAGCCAAAUAUUUAGAUGACCAUAGAAAACCAUUUCAAAUCCUAAGCACCUUGGGCCAAAGGAAAACACCUAAUUUUUAUGUGACAACAAAACGUCAAAGUGGAACAAGAACAACAACCAUUAAAGAAUAUCCGUCCAGUCGUAAAUAUACCGGCCUGUGGAAGUUAGAACGUAUGGCUGGGGCUUCACUAAUUUUCUUAGUACCUUUGGCUUUUUAUUGCGAAUCGAAUGUGGUGGAAAUGGCUCUGGGUUUUGUGGCUACGUUGCAUACCUAUUGGGGAUGCGAGUCCAUGUGUAAAGACUAUUUACGCUCAUCGGUGGUGGGCAAUGUUUUGCCAGUUUUAGCGCGAACUUCUAAUAUCGUUCUCUCUGUGGCAACCUUAGUUGGUAUUCAUCAUUUGAUCUAUAAAGAUUGUGGCAUUGUUAAACUGAUAAAACAAUUGUGGGCUAUACGAGGUCAAAGAGAUCAAGCUCACAAAUGAAUUUCCUCCUCGAGUAACUGGCUGACAAUUGUCAUAUUCUCUGUUGCUUUUCAAAAUUUUGCUUUUAUUUAACAAACCUAUAGGACUGACUAUUUACAUAACAAACAAAAAAAAAUAAAAACAUAAUUUUACAAUGACAU